AUGGUACCACCUUACUUAUCUCACAGAUCUACGAAAUCGAGAUGGUCAUCUAAUCUACAGUAUUUGCUCACGGAUAAUAUGCUCUAUCAAAAUCAUCCGGAAUCGUUAAAUCUCAUAAGCGAAUCCGCAUCCGUUCCGCCGAAACUGGCCAAAAUAAAACAAGAAACGAAAUCUAAACAACGAAAAUCAUCAUCGAAAGAUUCUUCGGGUAGCAAUAGUUCGGUCGUGAAUCGGUAUUUGGCCGUUCAGCAAGAUAAAUUUUGCUGUCAAAAUUGCGAAAGGGUUUACAAGAAUAAGGAUUCGCUCGGGAGACACUUGAAAUGGGAGUGCGGUAAAGAACCCUCGUUCCCGUGUUCGAGGUGUCCCUACAAGGCCAGGUACAAGGCGGAUUUACUUAGACACGAAAAAACUCGUCAUUUAAAAAGGGAAGCGAAUCCUUUUGCAGGAGACGUGUAUUAA